AUGGCCCACUCCGAUGACGAGAGUGAGGCGGUUCGCGAUAAGUUUACGGUAAGUUGGGGAGAUUCUAAUAGAGUUGAUAGGAUUUUAAAAAAGCUCUAAUGCAUAAGUUUUUUUGAUUAUAAUUAUCAGAUAUUGAUUCAGGUAAAUUCAACAAGUCCUGAAGAUAGCAGUGGCACUCAUAACAUCCAAAUUGAUGUCUGCGAUGAUCCAAGGGGGCCGACUGAGGUAAAAGGGCUUCUACAGGGCCGGUCAUUGAGACUCAAAUUUUGUUUUUAACUCCAGAAAUAGUGGUUUAUUUUAAAAGAGAUUUUUAUGAAAAUGAUUGUGGGGUGUCUUUUUUCAGGCCAUAAAGGUUUCGUAGAUUUAGAUUGCCUCAGGCGGUUAGUAUUUUUAUUUCUUAAAGACGGCUUUGAUUUAAUCAAUGCAGCAGUAAUUUACGGUCUGCGUGAAGACCUAAGGCAAUACAGACUUUGGAAAUUUAUUUGUCGUGAUGAUCCUCGAGUUAUGAGCAAAACAAUUUAAAAAAGUCUCAGCGGCCGGUUCUGUAAAUCCUGUAGGAUUCCUACUCCCUUUUCCAGCUCUCGUUGUCCCCAUCUCUCUCCUCUUACCUCCGAAAUACGGACCCUUCUCCGCCAACUUCCCCUUAUGAUGAACCCAAUCAACCGAAGCCUCCGAGUCAUCAAAAAGGCCGGAGAUUUACGAAUUAUUGGGAUAACCACAUUCUCAUCAAUGCCAACCAAAACUCAUUGGAUCGCCCGCCGGUGGUCGAGAAUUAUCGUAAUUCCAUUGACAUUGGGAGUACCCGACCCACACUGACCCAACUUAUGGCUGGAGAUACGAUUGAGGCGUUGGAUGAGUUUGAAGUAAGGGAGAUUAGUUUUGGAGUGGCAAGAAAUGUUUUAGAAGAACGCUCAAAAGCAAGUGGAUGAUGCUUUGAACUUCACUGAAACAACAUCAAAAGCCUCGAAGACUGAGAAUUUCGUUAGUUCGGUGCUAAAAGGCCCUCAGGGCAGGAAAUAUGCCGCUCCACCUGGCCCUACUCCACGUAAGUUGCAGCCAUAAAUUAUGGCUAUGCAAAGCAAAAUUAUCGACCUUGUUUUAGCUCCUGGUCAAAAGCCCCGUCAAGGCCCUCAAAAGUUUGGCUGGAUCAUCGGUGUUCUUGUCCGCUGUAUCCAGAGUAUUUUUGGCGUUAUUCUCUACAUCCGUGUGGCCUGGGUCGCAGGUCAAGCCGGGAUUGUAAUGGGAAAUGGAAUAGUUAUUCUGGCCUCCGUUGUCACCACGAUUACUGCCCUUUCGACAUGCGCAAUAUGUACAAAUGGAGAUGUCAAGGGCGGGGGAGCAUAUUUCCUGAUAUCCAGAUCACUUGGUCCUGAGUUUGGAGGUUCCAUCGGGCUCAUCUUUUCGUUGGCCAAUGCCGUGGGUGCUGCAAUGUACAUUGUGGGCUUUGCGGAGACCAUGAGAGAUCUGCUCAAGGAAUAUGGAAUUCAGUUUAUCGAUGGGGGUCUGAAUGAUGUCAGAUUGAUGGGAUUGUGUAAGUAACUGUCCUACAGCGUUCAAAUUAAACAAAAAAAUAAUUUACAGUAGCCGCACUGAUUUUGAUUACAAUUGUCUUUAUCGGAACUGGAUUCGAAAGUAAAAUGCAAGUGGUUCUGUUGGGAGUCCAAUUCAUGGCGAUCGGUGAUUACUUCAUUGGCACUUUCUUGCCGCCUUCCGAAGACCUGCGACUUCGAGGAUUGACUGGAUAUAGCGUCGAUACCAUCAAAGACAAUUUCUGGCCGGUAUUUCGCGAUGGUUAUGGGUUUUUCCAAACUUUUUCGAUUUAUUUCCCGGCCGCUACUGGCAUCAUGGCCGGCGCGAAUAUCUCUGGAGAUUUGGCUAAUCCACAGGUAUUGCAUAUGUCCUUGCAUUUCAACCCUAUUUUAGAAAGCGAUUCCCAGAGGAACACUGCUGUCGAUUGCUUUCACCACGGUUAUUUACAUGCUCCUUGUCUUCUGUACUGGGGCUACAGUAGUCCGAGAUGCUGACGGAGUCCACGUUCCAGUCUUACUUACAGCUGUUGCCAAUCAGACGCUUGCUCAAGAGAAUGGAUUGUUCGCUCCGAAGCGCCCAUGGGCAGCUUACUUUGAGCCCCAAUGUGCACAGAAUAGCACUUGUCCCUACGGAUUGAUGAAUUACUUCCAGAUCAUUGAGAUGGGCAGUCUGUGGGGUCCCUUGAUCACUGCUGGUAUCUUGACAUCUUCCUUGAGUUCGGCUUUGGCCAGUUUGGUCGGAGCUCCAAAGGUUUUCCAGGUCUGAACUUUAUAUUAUUAUAUAUUAAUCUUGGUUUAUUUGAUGACUAAAGUAAUAUAAGGUAAUUUUUUAUUCUUUCAGGCCGUCUGUAACGAUAAACUCUUCCCAUACAUCAAAUAUUUUGCCAAGACCUUUGGAAAAGAUGAAGAACCCCGCAGGGCAUACGCUCUGACUUUUAUUAUCUGCUGUCUUAUCAUUGGGAUUGGUAAGAAAUGUUCAAAAAUAAUGAUUUUUUAGGUGACUUAAACCUGAUUGCUCCAAUUAUUUCAAACUUUUUCCUCUGCUCGUAUGCUCUCGUUAACUACGCGUGUUUCGAUUGUUCUAUGGCGAAGACUCCGGGUUUCCGGCCAGCCUUCAAGUAUUACAAUAAGUGGGUUAGUUUGGUUGGGGCCAUCCUCUGCAUAUCAGUGAUGUUUGUCAUGAACUGGUUUACUGCUCUGUUGACCUUCUUCUUCUUCGCCCUUUUAUUCUUGUACAUGCACCAUCGGAAGCCUGGUAGGUGUCCUAAAAUGUUCAAAACAUAUUAUUUGAUUGUUAGAAGUGAACUGGGGCUCCACUUUGCAAGCCCACAACUACCGUAAUGCCCUUCAAAGUGUCACCAAAUUGGAGAGAACGGACGAGCACGUCAAGAACUACCGUCCGCAGAUCCUUUUGCUCACCGGAAACCCCGCAUCUCGGCCAUCUUUGAUCGAUUUCUUCAGUAAUAUCACCAAAGAUUCGUGUCUUUUGACCUGCGGCUAUGUGGUUCCCUGUGAGAAGAGUGAGAUUGUAACUCAACUGAAUAAGAAAUUUGCGAUUGAAAUCAGAGCCUGGUUCAAGAAACGCCAUAUUAAGGCGUUUUAUACAGCCACAGCAAACAAGAGUUUAAAGAACGGAGCUGCAAAUAUGAUGCAGACAGUUGGGCUCGGCAAACUGAGACCAAAUAUAUUGGCCAUGGGCUUCAAACAGGAUUGGCUCGAGAAUCCAGAGAAAUUGAAGGAAAUGAACGAGUACUACAAUAUUAUACAGUAAGAUUUGAGUCUAAAUGUAACGCUCUCAACCCUUGCUUUAUUCAACUGAAAACAUUCGUUGUAUUAUAUUUUACAUCAUUUCAUUUUAAAACUGAUGGUAAUUUUUAGAGAAGCUUUUGAAAAUCAAAUGGGACUCCUUCUCCUUCGCUCUGAUGAACUCGGCUUUGAUUUCGAGACAAUGAUGAGUCAAAUCGGUGCUGUGAAGAACAGAAGCCAAGACGAUCGAAAGAAUGCCGCUAAUACGACCACUACUUCUGAUGAUGGGUACAACCCGUUCUCUGAGAGUAUGACCAAAUAUCCGAAGAUGGGAGAUCAAGAGACUUGCCUGGAUUACGAUAAAUUUGAGCUGUCGCUGAAUGUCAAUGCUCUGCAGAAAAGACCGUAGGCGUUUUUUUAAGCUUAAAAUAAGAAAAUGCUGCAAAAAAAGUCCUUUCUCCACCGGAUUGAGAAAAUUUUUAUAAUUAUCUGCAAGCUCGAAGUUUAAUAUACCUUUCUUUAGGCAUUCCCGGAUGACCACCAAACAGCGACAAGUUGCCUUCUCUCUGGCCCGAUUCAAGGACAAGAUCAAGAAGGGCGUUAUUGAUGUCUGGUGGCUCUAUGAUGACGGUGGACUUGCUCUUCUCAUCCCAUAUCUUUUAACGCAGCCCAAAUCGUAUCUAGAAAACGCUAAACUCCGUGUCUUCUCCAUCUCCACCUCUCAUGACAUCAAACAGGAACAGAAAAGUAUGGCCGAACUUUUGGCCAAGUUCAGAAUUAAUGUGGCCAAUUUGACCAUUAUAAAUGAUCAUGAGCGACCGCCGUCGCAGGAGACGUAAGAGAAUUAGUGUUUUUAUCUGUUGGGUUACCGUAACAAGUAAUUUAUAAAUUGCUUUUAGAGUCCGCAACUUUUUGCAUUCGAUCCGACCAUUCUAUGGGGAAGGCGAAGGGAUGAUAAAUGACAGCGAAUUGGAGCUGCAGAAAGAAAGGACUAUCCGCCAGCUGAGAGUGGCCGAGCUACUUCGCGAGCACUCAUCUGAGGCUGAUCUUGUGGUUGUGUAAGCAUCUUAUCACAUUUCAUUGCAGUUUUAUGGCCUUUAAAAUUGCGUUAUAACCCCUAUUUGAUCGAAAUGUAACUUUUUGUCGUUUUGUUGAGCCAUUUAAAACUUCAAAAAAGCUCAUUACUCGAUUACAAGGGCGGUUCCUGAGCGGCCCAUUAACUCCUCCGGAUGUGAACCCACUUCUAAUACUUCUUUUCAGCUCAAUGCCAAUUCCAAGGAAGGGCAUCAAAAGUGGAGCCCUGUACUUGUCCUGGCUCGAACUGAUGACCAAGGACAUGCCGCCGACUCUGUUUGUGCGUGGAAAUCAACAGAGUGUGCUUACUUUUUACUCUUAA